CGGGUAGUUUGACGCUUUUCUCUUCAACUCCCCACCGAUAACAAAUAUCCGCUGGCUUUCUCUCUCAGAUCUACGAGAGGCAGGGAUCAAGCUCUUUCACGAUCAAGACAACAACGCCCGAAAUCCGGUCCAUCGUUGUGUUUAACCCGAAAAAGCAGGAGGACAACUUGCUAACCUACCCAUCUUGAUAUCGACCUCGAACGGAACAUCAUGUCGCAACCUCAAGGCGCGGAGAACAAGGACCGUUUGAAAAGAUGGUCGAAAAGGCUUGCAGCUUCGUCGAGUCUGGCACUGCCCACUGAUUACCCACGACCGACUCCCAACAAGCUCGUCGAGGCCAUCAAGACUGUCUCUCUAGACAGGGAGACUAGCGAAUCCGUCUCCAGGAUCGCAUCGUCGACGGGGAGCUCCGAGUCUCAGAUCGUCUUGACGGCAUUUUCCAUCCUCUUGCACCGAUACACCCCGGAUCCAUCCUUGACCAUCCAGUCCACGCAUUCCGACUCGGACCCCGCAUCGCUCUUGUUGCUUUUGGACUUUUCUAACGACAAGGCCACGUUCGACGAUGUGCUCAGAGAGGUCGAGGGCAAGACCAAAGAGGCGCAAGAGGAUGCUGUACCUAUCGAAAGGCUCAUGCAGCUCAACUCGGAAAAAGAAGGCGGAGAGCUCUCCGGCCCGCUCUUUAGGGUACGAUACGUCCAGCUCGGCGGAGACGCUCAGCAAGGUCGGGACUCCAUCCACGGUGCCGUCGAGUCUGAUCGGAGACAUGGUCUGGCUGCCGCUACCUCCUUGACGACCGAUAUCACCCUCUUUUACUCACCCUCGACAUCGACCGUCUCGCUGUCAUACAACUCGCUCCUCUUCACCCCCUCGAGGUCGGAACACCUUCUCUCCUCCCUCUCCCUCCUGCUGCAGCAGGUCGCUCAGGCUUCAUCAACUGGGGUGGCUAUCGCUACCAUCCCCCUCCGAACGCCUGAACAAGGCUCCGUCCUCCCCGACCCCAAGAAGGACCUCGACUGGUGCGGCUUCAAAGGUGCCAUCACCGAUAUCUUCCACAAGAACGCCAAAGCUCACCCGGAAAAGCCCUGUGUCAUCCAGUCUGGCUCGUCGAUGGAGGGGUCUGUGGCUACGAUCACGCCCUCGGGGGCUUCCACGGAAAGGACGACGUUUACCUAUAAACAGAUCGACGAGGCUAGUAAUAUCCUCGCACACUCUUUGGUACAGAGCGGAGUGGAGAGGGGAGAGGUCGUCAUGGUCUACGCGGCGAGGAGCGUCGAGCUGGUCGUCUGUGUUAUGGGAGUUCUGAAGGCUGGUGGGGUGUUUAGCGUUAUCGACCCCGCCUACCCUCCUUCCCGACAGACGGUAUACCUACAGGUCUCUUCCCCUAGAGCAUUGUUGAUCAUCUCUUCCGCCGGAACCCUCCAUCCGACCGUAUCCAAUUACAUCAAGGAGAACCUCUCCCUCCGAACCAUGAUCCCCGCCAUCUCCCUCUCAUCCUCCGGUCAACUGACCGGAUCGCCCGCCAACUCCGACUCGGGCGAGGACGUCCUCGACGCCUACCGAUCUCAAGCCUCUUCCAAGCCUGAUAUUGUGCUCGGACCUGAUUCGCAUGCCACCUUGUCGUUCACCUCUGGGUCCACCGGGAUUCCUAAAGGUGUCAAGGGACGGCACUAUUCUUUGACGCAUUUCUUCCCUUGGAUGAGCGAGAGGUUCCAGUUGGGGUCGGACGCCAAGUUUACGAUGUUGAGCGGAAUCGCUCAUGAUCCCAUUCAGCGAGACAUCUUCACGCCCUUGUUCCUGGGAGCUGAGCUUCAUGUGCCUACCGCCGAUGAUAUCGGUACUCCCGGUAGACUCGCCGAGUGGAUGGCUGAUAGCGAGGUCACGGUUACCCACUUGACUCCAGCCAUGGGUCAGCUUCUGUCUGCCCAAGCCACCCGCCAGAUUCCUACCUUGAAGAACGCAUUCUUCGUCGGAGACGUUCUUACCAAGCGAGACUGUCACCGUUUGCAAUCUUUGGCAUCCAAUGUUCGGAUCAUCAACAUGUACGGUACCACCGAGACCCAGCGUGCCGUCUCGUACUUUGCUAUCCCCCCCGUCAGCCAGGAUAGCACCUUCAUGACCAACCAAAAGGAUAUCAUGCCCGCCGGACAGGGUAUGAUCGACGUCCAGCUUCUGGUCGUCAACAGGGCCGACAGGAACAUUCCCUGCGCCGUAGGAGAGAUCGGAGAGAUCUAUGUCCGAUCGGGAGGUCUGGCCGAGGGGUACUUGGAUGUCGACGCUACCAAGGAAAAAUUCGUAAUGAACUGGUUCGGCGAAGGCGUGGAGCGUCAAGACACCAUCGCCGACAAGCCCGAGGGUAAAUACUGGAAGGGCAUCCGAGACAGGAUGUACAGGACGGGUGAUCUCGGUCGUUACUUGCCUGACGGGACCGUCGAGUGUACCGGACGAGCCGACGACCAGAUCAAGAUCCGUGGAUUCAGGAUCGAGCUGGGAGAGAUCGAUACUCAUUUGAGUAGGCAUCCCCUUGUUCGGGAAAACGUCACCCUCGUCAGGCGUGACAAGAACGAGGAGAAGAUCUUGGUCAGCUACUUUGUGCCUAUGGGCGGCAAGGAUCUCGACUCGAUGAUUAGCGCUAGCGAGGUCGAGCAGGAGGACGUUGAGGAGCCGAACGAUGAUGAGGAAGGUGAAAGCCGACGAGACGUCAAGGCCGAGAUUGCUAAGGGUUUGCGCAGAUACCGAAAGUUGAUCAAGGAUAUGAAGGAGCACUUGAAGAAGAAGUUGCCUUCAUACAGUGUGCCUACCGUCUUUAUUCCCCUAUCCAGGAUGCCGCUGAACCCCAACGGAAAGAUCGACAAGCCCGCUCUGCCUUUCCCCGAUACCGCUCUUCAGGCACCCGUAUCAGCUUCUGCCAAGUCGCAAAAGCUGACUCCCACCCAAAAGACCAUUCACGACGUCUGGAUGUCGCUCUUGCCUGCGCCGCCAGGCGCUAUCGAGCUCGACGAAAACUUCUUUGAUCUCGGUGGCCACUCGAUCUUGGCCACGAGAGCCACUUUCGAGCUGAGAAAGGCGUUUGUCGUCGAUGUGCCACUCGGUUUAGUCUUUGAUCAGCCGACUAUCGGCGGGUUGGCUAGCAGUAUCGAAGCUCUUCGAAACGACGAUCUCGGUUUCGCAGGCGAUGCCUCCAACCAGCCCAAGGGACAUCAAGGCCCUGCUGUCGACACCGACUAUGCCAAGGAUGUGGAUGUUCUGUUGCCCAGCUUACCGGAAAAGUUCGCGGAGCUUCCCGCCGAUUAUGCCACCAAGAAGGUUACCGUCUUCUUGACUGGCGCUACCGGUUUCCUGGGAGCCUUCAUCUUGAAUGACUUGCUUGCGAAGCGAAGCGAUCGAGUCGCUAAAGUGAUCUGUCUUGUCCGAGCCAAGUCUAGCGACGAGGCUAUGAAGCGUCUGGAGGAGAGCGGUCAGGGCCGAGGGGUCUGGGACAGCAAAUGGCAGUCCGAAGGCAAGGUAGAGGCUGUCGUCGGAGACCUUUCCGAAGACAACUUUGGCCUUUCAGACUCCGAAUGGACGCGUUGCGCAGAACAGGCAGACGUCGUUCUGCAUAAUGGCGCCGUUGUACACUGGGUAUAUCCCUACUCCAAGAUGAGAUCCGCCAACGUUCUGUCUACUAUCACUGCCCUCCGCUUGUGCACGGAACACCACUCUAAAUCCUUCUCCUUUGUGUCAACAACCGCUACUGUCGAGGCUGAGCAUUACGUUACCAUGGCCGAUGCUAUUGUCGAGGCGGGAGGCCGAGGCCUGCCGGAAUCGGACGACCUAGAGGGAAGCCGAACGACUUUGACCACUGGAUACGGUCAAUCCAAGUGGGUGGCCGAAAAGCUCAUCAUGGAGGCUGGUAAGCGGGGCCUGUCUGGAUGGACUGUUCGACCGUCAUAUAUCGUUGGAGACUCCAAGACAGCAGUCACAAACACCGACGACUUCAUUUGGCGUCUCGUUAAAGGCUGUAUUCAGCUCGGAUUGAUGCCAGACAUCAACAACACCAUCAACAUGGUCCCGGUCGACCACGUCGCGCUGUUGGCCUCGCUUUCAGCAAUUUAUCCCCCCCAGGAGACGUCUUUUGCCGUCGCCCAAGUGUCCGCCCACCCCAAGAUCAGGUUCAACGACUUUUUGUCGGCCCUACCUCUUUACGGAUACCCCGUGGAUCGAUGUGAAUAUCUGUUGUGGCGAAGAAAGCUCGAACAGCACGUCCUCGAAGUUCAGGACAACGCCUUGUUCCCCUUGUUGCACUUUGUGCUGGACGACCUGCCAACGAGUACCAAGGCGGCGGAGCUGGAUGACACCAACGCGCAGGCUCUUGCAACCGGUGCUGGGGAGAAGUCCGGGGCAAGCGUAGGCGACGAGGAAAUGGGACGAUAUAUUGCCUGGUUGAUCCGGGCAGGAUUUUUGGAUGCACCUCCUAACAAGGGUGCCAAGCCAUUGCCCGAGCUUAGUGGAGGUGCUAUCAAGGCGAUUGGAAGGACUGGCGGUCAUUAAGCCACUGCGGGAUCCGGUCGACCAUCAUUCUGUAUCUCAAUAAAUAUUAUCGAAUGCAACUGAGUUGAAGAGACUUUC